AUGGCUGAUGUAACGAAUCUGUUCAAGGCGACGAUUAAAACAGUAAAAUCAAGGAACAAGGUUCUGGGCGAUUUUGCAAAUGGAGGAAAGAAAAACAAUUCGUCUAAUUCCAUCUUCCCUGCGUCGAAACAGAAAGGAGAUUUCGAACAAAAAGCGAAGGAAAUGGUGUCCAAUAUAACUAGACUGAGAGAUUUUCUGCUCGAACACAGGAAAGAGUAUGUAAAUGCAGGCAGCCACGUGACUAUGGAAGCAUCCAGAAUGACAGAUGCUGAGAGAGAUCAGAUCGAUUCAGAUGCUCAGGAUAUCAUCAAAACAUGUAGGGAAACCAUCAUGAAACUGAAAACUGAAUCUGAAGUUCAGAAGGUCCACCCACAAGUGAAAGAUCAUCGAGAUGGAGUUAUUCGACUGAUAGAGGAAUAUCUAAAAGUUGUGUGCAAAAUUUAUAGUGAACAGAAAGCUGUGCGUGUAAAACGAGUUGUUGAUAGGAAACGCAUUUCUAAAUUGGAGCCAGAAAGAAAGAAGAGAAAAGAACUUCUUGAUGCAAAAGAGGCAAAAGAAAGGAAAACAGAAAAUAACAUGGACAUUGUGGAAUCAGAAAAGUCCUCAAGGAGUUCUCUUCCACCUGAGAAUCCAAUGUUUGAUGAUGAUGAUAGUGAUAUUUCACCAGAGGAUGCUCAGAUGUUUGAGAGAGAGAACCAGACACUGUUUGAUGAAAUGAACAGUCUGGCUCAGGAAGUUAGUCAUAUUGAAGGUCAGGUUGUGGAGAUAGCACGUCUUCAGGAGAUAUUCACAGAAAAAGUCUUAGAACAGGACAAAGAUAUUGACAGAAUAGCGGAGAACGUUGUUGGUGCUACAGAAAAUAUCAAGGAUGGAAAUGAAGAAAUUAGAGAGGCUAUAAAGAAUAGUGCUGGAUUACGUGUGUGGAUUUUAUUUUUCUUCCUGGUAUUACCACUCUCCUUACUCUUCUUACAUUGGUACAAUGAUUAAGUGUCAUCAUAAAUAUUGAUUAUGAAAAUACAUUUCUGUGUAUCAAAGCUGCUUUGUGAGAUGAAUGUUACUUGAAUUGCUAUUUUCUAUUACUUGUAAUUAAAAAGUGAUUGCUAUUGAUUGUUCGAACAAUUAGGAUGGGUUAGAUAGAAAUCUGCAUGAUUCUAGUAGAACAGCCAGACAGAUUGAAUUGCUUAAGAAUCAAGUGCAACUGUUAAAUAAUUUAUAUCUCCUCCUUCUAAACCAAAGAUUUAUCUUUUGUUUUUUCCUGUCUGAGAAAUUCAUUUGAUUUUAGAUUUUUAUUUUUUUUUUAAAUAUAGUUGAUUAAAACAAAUAAAAAAUAUUCAUGCACAAACAAUUUAAGAUUAAAUGAAUGUGCAAGGAAGGUCAUCCUAAUUUUUUCCUGUUUUAAUGUUUAGAUUCAAAUGAUUUAAAUGAGAAUGUCCCUGCCAACAGGUACUACAUGGUUAUGUAUUAUGCUGAAUAUACAUUGUAGUGUAAGAUAAAGUGCUUAAUUUUGUUCCAACUUGUGAUGUUUUGUGGCUUUAGAAAUACUGCACAAAGUAAAUUCAAUCCGUAAGACUUCAGAUACAAAAUAGAAUCUACGAAACAUACACUUUAAAUAAUGUCAUAGCUUAUACUAGGAUCAAACUAAUUUUGAACAUUUCAUAUAGGCAAUAAUACUAUUCUGUAAAAAUCUAAUGUUAGCAGGUUUUAUUAUAUGAAACAGAACUCUUCAUUGAUGCACAGCUAUCAUGGAUAAUCAGUAAAGAAGAAUACCUGUUACACAGGGAGCCAUUUAUAUGAAUAUGCAUUAUAGAUUUUGUAGUAAAUGACACACUUUACCUUUUGUAAAAUACAGAUCAGUUGUCAUUGUCUCAAUUUAAGGUAUCGUCACCAUAUAGUGGGAUAUUUCCAUGGGGAUGAUAUUUUUGCUUUUUCACAGUACAUUAAUAUAAUUGCAAAAAUUUAAUCCAUGAAACAAUGAGACACAUGUGUAUUGGAGAUCCUUUUACAUACAGAUCAGGAAAUUUUAAUUUGUUAAAAUUUAAUUAAAGGGUUUCAAAAAACCUUGACCCAUUAAAAUUACUAGCUGAACAAUUGUACAUGAGCCAGUCAAUGCCCUAUCUUAAUUACCAGUGUAGACUGUAGGUUUUGAUUGUGGUAGGUAUGCAUGGAUGAUUUGUUUGUUAGUUGAUAAAAACAUUUUAUAUACAGACACCUACACAGAAAUUGUUAUGGGUGUAAUGAUCUUAGAAUGACAGUCUUUUACUAAAGUGAAAUUUCAUACCUGAUAAAGGUUCAAUCUGUAUAGCAUUGCCAAGUACCUACCGGUAUGUUCUUUAUUUAGUACCUACAUUUAUUUUAUUUUUUAUGUAUUUGUCAUAAUUCAUUUUCUAAUUUUCCAUCAACACAAUGUACAAAAGGCAACAGAGAUGACUCAUACACAUUAUCUUACCACAUAUGCCUACAUACCCAAUGUCAGAUAUGCAUAAUUACAAGCGAGCACACAUAUACACUUGUUUGUAUAUGGUAUCAAUGUCCACACUUCCAAAUAACUGCCUCCUCCUACACACACUUCCACAUGUAAUGAAUAAUAUGCAUGCAUUAGUUUAUAUAUUUAUACAAAUGGUACUCUCACAUAUCUGUACACAUAAUUUCUAAUAUUUAUCUAUGUAUUUCAUACCCAUGUACACAAACCUAACCAUACACCAGAAAAAGAAAACAUUGGACAUUCAAUCAUGUACACAUGUUUGUACUUUAAUUAAUUACAUUUGUAAUGCUGUGUCUCACACAGCAAGGUACAACAUAUAUCCACCUUCAUACUGAUGAGUUACAUAAUAGCAAUGGAAAAAACAGACAUUCUUCCCUGUAUGUAUAUAUGUAUAUGUAAACACUAAUCAAACACAUGCAAAAAACACAGUCAAUAUUUGUUCAAUACUUUCAAAUCCACUUACAUGGUACAUUUCAUAGAUACAUCUAUAUGCAUAGCAUUUGACAUAACAAGACAUUCUGUUAUAUGUACUGCAUACAGGUUUAGAAAUGAUGUACUUAGUAAAUCAGUCACAUGAGAAAAGACAAACUGAAAAAAAGGGAAUUUUUAGGAUUUUUUUCAUUCUGAGUAGACCAGGGCCAGGUACUAUGUAGAUUGUAAUGAUUUUAUGUGAGAAAGUAAUUGAAAGAUAUGUAGGGAAUGAAAAAGGGGAAAAAAUAGAAAAGUGAGAAGAAAGCUAAGAAAGAUUGGGGAUGAGAGAGAGCACUUAUAAUAUUGAUCAAGAACCUUAUUAUACACAGUUAUGUCCCUUUAUCAGUAUUUUUGUAGGAGGUAGGAGUAUGGAUUGUUUAUAUGGUUCUUAGCAGAUUUUGAAUCCAUGUUUAUUUAUCAUUCAAAGGGGUUUACAGCAUGCAGCAUUUCUAUAUCAGUUGAAAAACUUUGAAACAGAAUUCAAUUAUCAUGUUUGUAAAUGUGCAAUAUUUCAUGCUUAAAAAUAAAAAAAAUAAGAAAAUGCAAAUGAUUUAAAAAUUUUUUAUCUGUGUGUCAAUUUAUCAAGCUUAUACAUAUCAUCUGUAGGCAUAUAGGAGUUUUCACUAUAAUAGUAAAUGUGUUGUGGCUGCUGUUUGGUCAGUGGUAAAAUAGAGAAAUAUAAACACAGUGAUUCACUUCAGUAUUAACUGAUAGCUAAAUUGAAUAUCCAAGGUGACUUCAAAUAAAGAUUCAUUAAAUAAUUUCAUAGUCUAGAAAUUUUUAUCAAAAGUUGAAUGGAAAUUAAAACAUCAGCAAUUAAA